ACCACAGUCAUGGAAAAGAGAAGUAGUCAGAAUAUUUCCAGAUUGCAGCCCAUUUGUCUUCGAGCAAGUGCUUUAAGAGACUGUCCUGCUGCAGAAAAUGCUGACUUCUGUGGUUUUAAUUACAUUAGGCAUCUUGGUUGUAUUGUGUGAAGCAUCUAUGCUCACGGUGGUCGGAUUAGUCGGAGAUACGGUUACUUUACCCUGUGAAUAUGAUGUCAGUCAUUACGGCUUAUUAAAUGUCUGCUGGGGAAGAGAUCAAUCCUGGUUCAGCUGUGAACAAACACUCAUCGCCACUGAUGGACUGACGGUGAACUACAGAGAGUCAAACAGAUACAGUAUACCUGUUAAACUCCAGCAUGGAGAUGUUUCACUUACCAUCAAGAAGGCACAAAAAGCAGAUACUGGAUUUUAUGUAUGUCGUAUCGAGAUACCAGGACUCUUCAAUGACCUUAGCUACAGUUUUUACCUAAUCAUUACAAAUGGAUUCAACACAAUCAACAUUACAAAAUUGUUCCCGACUUCUGCAGAGAAGCAAACACAAGAAGUCACUGUCAACUCGGGAUACAGUUCAGCUGUACGGAAGGCACCCUCUGAGGAUCGAGUGGAAACAUUUAUCCUGACUGUACUGAGAGCAGGAGCCAUUAUAUUCAUCCCUGGUUUAAUCUUUGCACUUCUAUGGAAGCUGCGACGCUCCAGAAAACGUGAAGACGGCAGUGAAAUGGAAAAUACCCCAGACGCCACCACAGCAGCAGCAUCGCCCCCCUGCACAUGCCUGUAGCACAUGUGGGUACUCAUUAGAUAUGAUGUGUUUCAGUGAAAUAUUACACCAUUACGACAAACAUGGAAUAUUUCCAACUGAACAUCUAACCAUCUAGAUCUUCUUUCAUUCUAAUGUGAGGGACUGUCACCAGAUUAAAUCACAUUUAACCCUCAAUCAAUACUUUAUAUGUAAUCUGUUUCCAAUUUUUGUUUUGCUGUAACUUGUGAUGUGUAGAACAACCUCUGUCUGUGAUAUGCAUUAUGUAUUUUAUUAUUAUUAUUAUUAUUAUUAUUAUUAUUAUUAUUAUUAUUUUUACCCAUUUCUGUCAGUUGGAUGGUGAGGUACAGUCUUUCACAAAGUUUCAGCAAACAGCUUUAUCUUAUCAGUGGCUUAAUGCUCUUUCACUUCUCUCCCAUGUGCUCUUAAAAUUGUACCCUCAAGGUUCAUGUAUUUCGAUUCCUACCUGCUUCCAUUUCAUGUGCUAGAAAAGAAAGAAUAAAUAAACAAAUAAAAAUA